AUGUUUAAUAUAACUGAUCAACUAUCAACAAAUUAUCAAACAAUAUCAGAUGAUCAAUUACAACCUUCAUCGACACAAUUAAGAGAAAAAUUACGAAAACAACUUGAAUAUUAUUUUUCCAGAGAAAAUAUGAUUCAUGAUAGUUAUUUACAAUCACAAAUGGAUGCUGAUAAUUAUGUACCGAUAUCUUUAAUUGCUAAUUUUAAACUUGUUAAACGUCUUACACAUGAUUUACAAUUAAUUAUUGAUGUUCUUAAAGAAUCACCAUCAGUUGAAGUUGAUAUUGAAGAGAAAAGAGUUCGUUCAUCAGAUAAUCCAGUAUAUGUUCCAACACGAAAACGUUGUAUUAUUAUAUUACGUAAUGUACCAUUAGAUGCAACUGAAAAUGAAAUAUUGGAAUUAUUUUUAAAUAAAUCUUGUCCAGUAUCAGCUAUUGGAUGUGAACGCGUAUUAGAAUCAAAUCAUUCAGAUUGUUGGUAUGUAACAUUUAAUAGUGAAGAUGAUGCACAAAAUGCAUUUUUAUAUCUAACAAGAGAAAAUAUUUCAAUACGUGGUCAAAAAAUUUUGGCUCGAAUGAAAGCUUGUCUAUGGCAAAAACCUAUUAUAUCAUUAAAUGAUGGUACAAAAGAUUCAUUCAUACCUAAAACUUUCUCAUUACCUUCAACACAAGAACAAAUUACUCCUGUUUAUAUCCAAACAAUACCAAUAAAUCAUACAAAUCAAUCAUCAAUUGUUGGAAAUCUAUCACAACAACAACAACAACAGGCAACAUUUAAACCUCGUCAUAUACAAGCAUUUCAACAAUAUUUACCAAUGAAUUAUAAUUCUAAUAUAUUAUCACAUCCACAUAACAUACCAUCAACACUUUUAUUUACAACAAAUAUGCAACCAUUAAAUAUGAAUUAUUAUCCACAAACACAUUAUAUAAAUAGAAAUCAUUCUAUUUUUCCAAUUAAUUUUUGGUAUAUACCACCAACAACAGAUUCAUAUUCACCUAUGACAUAUAAUAUUCAAUCUAAAAGUCGAGUAACAACAGCAUCUAAACCACGUAAUAUAACAAAAACAAUUUCUAAUCAUGUAGAACUCUCAAAUCAUCCAAAUGAAUUACUUAAUUCAAGUCAAAACAGUACUUCACAUUUUGAAGAUACUAAUUCAUUAAUUUCUCAUAAUGAAACAUUUUCAUCUGAUAAAUCGACUAUUGAUAAUUAUCAAAAUUCAAAAAAUGAAUGUCAUUCAUCAAUUCAAAUACCUAAUGAUGAUAUAUGUAAAUUAAAACAAACAGAAAUAAAUAAUUCAUUAAUAUCUCGAUCUAUUGAACAAUUAACAACGACAAAUGAUUCUAUUCAUCAACGUAAUUAA